GAAAAUAUUUUAGCACGUGCAGUGGGCGAUUUUAAAUUGUUUAUUUUAUUUAAAACUGACGGAAAUGGACGACAAAACGCUAAUUGAGAGUGUUUGCAAUCAUAAGCGAGACACGUACUUGCCCACAAUUGUGAAAUUUCAAAAUGGAUCACUGGGCAGUGGAAAUGCUGACUUUAGUAUUGUGGAGAGCAAUAGGGAUCAGCGAAAACGCGCUUUGGUCUUAGCUGGCCAACAAAUCUAUAUGGGCGACUUGCAGGAUAGCACAGAGUACAACACGUACAUUUGUUUGCGCAACAAGAGCACCAACAAGGUGCAAAUUGUGCCUGUCCAGCAGUCGCUGUUAGCUAACAAUGUUUACAAACAAUUGGAAAAGAAGGAGCAGAUGCCAGUGCUGAGCAAAGAACAUGCUACUAAGAAGCUUCUCAAGGAGUUUGGUAGCCGCAAAGCCUCACGAUAUGUGAACAACAGCGAACAGAUGAUGGUCAAUGUGGAUGUAGUGCGUCAGGAUCUCGAUGAGACAGUUCAAAAUUCAACGCUCAAUGAAACGAAUGCAGAAGAGGACACACUGCCUGAUGCGAAUGUCAAUAACUUGGAAUAUUUGGCCACUAUAGUACCCAAGUUUGAUAAGACUGCCACCAAAGUGAGUGAGGUCUACGAUGUGGAUGAUGUAGUGCCGCGGCCACUACUCGAUAGGCUAGAUGAAGAGGCUAAAGUCGUCUAUGGUACUCCGGUGGAAUCGCUUCCCAUCGAAUCGGAAUACUUGCGUGAUUGCUUGAAACGCAUUCAAGCUAAAGAAAUUGCCUCUAAAGAGGAUUUUUUGCACAUCAAGCUUAUUAUUUAUAUGGAUGCCCUGCAGACUUUAAUAGGAUUGCGAUCACGUCAAAUGAAAAAGGUUGAACUGUCCGGCAUCACGGAAAAAGUCGAGAACGAUAUAGUUCAACGUUUUGCUGAUCCAAAGGUGGCCAAAUCAUUUACGCGCACAACCUACAGCACUGAGAAAGCUCUUACCCACUUCAUUGUGUUGGCCCUGCUGAUAAGCGAGAAAUAUGAAGUCGACAUGAACGUUUUAUCACGCACACUGCGCACAACCAAGGAUCGAAUCAAAUCCUAUGCCCACAUUGUUAACGCUCGGCCCAAGUCUCGCUCGGAUGUGCUGAGCCUUCGUUUGCCCAGCACUGUACCUGCGCUCAGUACAUCCAAUCGUUUUCAACGCAAGAAAUAAAACACCCUUUAUUGCUGGGACCAUCGAUUAAACAAAA